CGAGCGGAUGGCAGUGGAGUGGGAGUGUGUCGAUCGUGCGUGCCGUGAUGGACGAAGUGACGACGAGCGACCCAGGAGGUGGGGAAAAUAGAGUGACGUUAAUAUGCGCCGGCUGCCUCAACGCUAUCGAGGAUGAAUUUAUACAAGCGUUGAACCAAGAAUGGCACAUUGAUUGCUUUCGAUGUUCCGCGUGCGAUAUCGGCCUGUCCUCCUGGUACUUUGAGAAAGAUGGCCUGCUGUUCUGCAAGGACGACUACUGGGCCGCUUACGGCGAGGCGUGCCAGGACUGCGGCCAGAUCAUCACGGGCCCGGUCAUGCUGGCAGGCGACCACAAGUUCCACCCGGAGUGCUUCGCCUGCACCUCGUGCGGCGCCUUCAUCGGCGACGGCGAGAGCUACGCGCUCGUCGAGCGGUCCAAGUUGUACUGCGGCGUUUGCUACAAGCGGCAGAUGCAGCCGCUCAACCGGGCGGCCAACUACCCCUUCGCCCGAAAGCCGCACAGCAUCAGGCUGGUCGAGAUACCGCCCAGCACGACGGACCCGGACAAGCAACGGGGAAUCAAGCUCACGCUGGACACAGCUCCCAGUCCCCGCAGUUGUGGCGCUUUGUUGCGCAUUUCAGAGUUAAUGAGAAAUAUUCGUGGAAAGAUCAGUAAGCUGCUAGCCUCUGUGAUGGAGGUUCUAUUUAGGCUAUGCUGCCACUUCUCUAAUCAUAGAUUGAAUAUGUCGAGCGAUCUUAUAUCGUUACACAUUGGCGAUCGAAUCUUGGAAGUAAAUGGCACCCCCGUUAAGGACCAGCCGGUGGAAAAUAUCGAAAAUCUCAUACAAUAUUCGGAUACAGUUUUACAAUUGACUAUCGAGCACGAUCCAGAUGCGGUAUCGCGACGGCCCGCGUUCUCCUCACCGUCCUCGGCGAUGCUGACGUGCGUCGGCAGCCCCAGGACAAGUCCCGAGAGCAAGGAGCGAUUGUUCAAACGCCGGGACGAGGGUUACAUCAGCGGUGCGCGGAGCCGACAAUUACGAAGAACGAGAGAUCCUAUGCAUAAAGAGCGCAGCAGUUCUAUGUCGCGAUUGCUUGACGGAUCUUCUCCAACGAAUCCUACCUACGAUUUAAGCCGCACCAGAUCCUUCCGUGUGGAGCCAAAGAAUCAGAGAAUAUUUCGAGCGAGCGAUCUGGUGAAGGGUGAGCUCCUGGGCAAAGGAUUCUUUGGACAAGUAUUCAAAGUCACGCAUCGCGAUACGGACGAGGUGAUGGUUCUCAAGGAAUUGUACAGAGUGGACGAGGACGCACAAAAGAACUUCCUAAAAGAGGUUGCGGUACUGCGGUCAUUACACCAUAACAACGUUCUUCGAUUUAUCGGCGUUCUUUACAAGGACAAGAAACUGCAUUUGGUUACCGAAUACAUAGCAGGUGGUACGUUAAGGGCCCUGCUUCACGACACGAACGAACCAUUGCCGUGGGAACAGCGCACGUCUUUCGCGAAGGACAUCGCUGCCGGCAUGGCCUAUUUGCAUUCUAUGAACAUCAUUCAUCGCGACUUGAAUUCGCACAAUUGCCUCGUGCGCGAGGAUAAGACUGUUGUCGUCGCUGAUUUCGGUCUGGCGAGGAUCAUUCAGAAUGGCAGCUCGCCGGACAAUCGCAAGUACAAUCGACAUUCCGACGGAGAGGUGAAGACUUCGAAGAAGGAGCGGAAGAAACGAUAUACGGUUGUCGGAAAUCCCUACUGGAUGGCCCCCGAGAUGAUGAAAGGCAACAAAUACGACGAGAAAGUAGAUAUAUUCAGCUUCGGCAUUGUUGUCUGCGAGAUCAUAGGUCGAGUUCAGGCAGAUCCUGAUUAUUUACCGAGAUCCUCGGAUUUCGGUUUAAAUCAAAAUGUCUUUAAGGAAAAAUUCUGUUCCAAUUGUCCGGAGACCUUCUACAUGAUCGCGUUUCUUUGCUGCGAUCUGAAUCCCGACAAGAGGCCGCCGUUCGAAGUUAUGGAGGUCUGGUUGGAAGGACUGGCGAUGCAUUUGUCGGUAGGCGCCGAAUUGCCAGCGGAUCUCGACUUCGACAUCAGGAAUUACAAAGGACCGAGUCCGAGCAGCAGCGAGUCCACGACUCCGGAAACUCUGGCGCCGCAAUUGAAGCCUAUUAAGGAGGGACAGGUGCACCAAGAGAAAAAGCGACCCAGCUGCUGUAACGAUAGUACUCUGGAACGUGAAACGGAGCCAUCGUCAGGUAACACGCUUCACGUGCCCGAAGUCGUGAGUCCGCGUAACAGAUAUACGAGACAGAAUAGCAAGAGCAACGACAGCUCGGGUAACGUGAUUUACGCGAGGCAAAAUUCCAAAUCAAAAGACUUUGUGUCCGACAAGGAGAAGCCUGACAUCGUGAUCUCACCCGAUUCCAGCGGUUUCAGUGGACGGUAUCUGAGGAAUAACAAUAUCAAAUCGAAAGACACGCCUCCCGACAUUCCAAACACCUAUGCUUACUCGAAGCAGGAGACUUAUCCACGGCAGAUUGACGCGAAGGAGCAUAAUCUGACCCGAGUGCCCACCGUGGAGAAAAUCAAGUACGUGGGAAGCGCGAGUCCGUGUGUAGUAUCCGACGCUUCGGAAUACAUAAUCGAUAGCAAAGGCUCGUACAAGAUCAACAGCCUGAAGCACAAAUCGGCGGAGAAGUGUAGUGACACGAGUGGCCACCACAAGACAAAGUCGGAGAGCAAAUUCAAGAUACCGGAUGCCGCGGGCUCCGUUGGUUCUUAUCUUAAGCAAAUCGGUAAAUCUAUCGGCGCUGUGGAGAAGGAAAAUAAAGCGGUUAACAAUACGGCAAAUUGCGGUGAUGUCGAUCCGAAGAGAGUGGUCAGUGAAAACGCGAAACCCUCUACUGGAUCGUAUCUCCGAAGGACGAAAAUAUCGCCGACCAAGGAGACAUCAAAGAACGCGUUUUCCAGCAAAGAGACCGUCAAGGACAAAGUUGAUGGCGUUUCGCCUGUGCAGAAAGAGUUGAAAAUCCCACCGAGCCAAGAGAACGUCGUGGGAAACGAGAAGGACGUUAAAGAUAGAUUGUCCAGGCAGGAGAGCAGCGUGUCCGACGUCGGCAGUAUUUUGUCGAGACAGGGAAGCCUCACAGUAUUAGAUUGCACGUCCAAAUACAAAGAUUACUCGCCGUUCAAUACCUUCACGCAGGAUGACUUUCGCGAGGCUCAUUCCUUUGGAAAGCAACACUCAGGCCUGUAUCAUACGGACAGUCUCUAUUCGAACUCCAGCAUUUCGAAGCAAGACGACCUUUUCAGUAUACAUAACAAACAAAAUAGAAGCGACGACGUUGUUGGAACCAGAUCGAUGGGCAACGGCCCGAAAAACCCUGCGUCUAUUUACGGUAGCGAUUUGAAGGCGACGCCUAGCAGUCUGGUCGAGUACAAUGGAUGUUACAAGGGCAUCGACAUCUGCAGGCAGGACAGUUUCGGUUCCGACAGCGCGCUCGGCACUAUGAAGAGCGACUUCUUCGCGGACGUCGAUUUCGCGCAGAUGAGGGAUGCUCACACGUCAGACUUGUGCCGUACACCUGAAAGAUGCUGCACGCCUAAUCGUCCGACGUCGCCGAUAGAAAGCACUGCUUUGUAAAUCAAAACGCGCGCGUGCGCGACAGCAAGAGAAUAAUAGUUUAGAGUCGAGACAACGCGCGUAAUCCCCGACGAUAAAUGAAUCCCAUUUGUUACUAAUUUGAUCUCUUUAUUCAUAAUUCAUAAACUUUACUCGACGAGGUCCGAACAUGUAUAACGUGCUUAGUUUGCAGUAUUAACUUUUUUAGCCAGAGUUUACUUCGUCCAUUACCUUUAGUGCAUUGAGCGAGGAUAAGUUGAAUUCGUAUGUUAACUUUAAUGAGCGCAAUAUUUUGAGAGUACAAUACUUUGUUUUGAAAAAUUUUCCUAAGAAGGAGCGAGAUAGUUUUACGUUGUUGUUGAAAUCGAGUUUGAAAUUUUAAAAAUUGGAUAUGUGCAAGAACGCCAGACGCAGAGCUUCGGGCUGGAGACGUUUCCGUGAAAUGUAAAUCAAAAUGUUGUCUUGCUGAAAAAAGUAAUGAUAACGCGACACUCACAGUAUUAACGAAUUUUAUUUGCUGAUUUAUACGAAUUUUUAAGUCGUAACGACGUCAGCUAAUUAUAGCCGUAAGGAUUCUAUUACAUUCCUAGGAGAUCUUGCCACGCGGUUUUCGAACGUGGGAGCUUAGGCGUUUAAAAAAAAAAGAAACGCGGCUCCCCGACAAAAGCCAUUCCAUCCAAAAUAAUACUUUAUAGAGCCGGGAUUUUGAUAAGUACGAUAUUACUAGUGUGCUCGAAAAAGAAAAUAAAAAGCGUCACUGUGAAUACGUCGAUUUUGCAAAUCACACUACAGAAUCAAAAGCCGUCAAAAGUACGAAGUACGAAGUUAGAAGUUAAACAUUUUGACUUUUGUAAGUUGCUUGCAAAAUACGUUUCUCCCCCCCUGAGACUACACGAUCACGUACGUUUCCCUUGAAUUACGAAUCACACGUCAUGUAGACUCGCAAUCAGUUCUUGUAGAAUAGAGGAUGUAAAAAAAAUGGUGUUAUAUUUGUUUCAGGGCAUACAGAUGUACAUCACAGUGUAAAAUAUUGUAUACGUUUGUAAUACUGCUGUAUAUGUACAGAUCGAUUGAUAUAUGUAUGUAUACAUACGUGCAUAUAAAUAUAUGUAUACAUAUACGUGCGACGUUUAUAUCUUCGUUACGUCGGCGUGCGACCGUUUUCGGUAUACUCUGAUGAGAAAAGAUUAUGUGUAUAUUGAAAAUGCGAAUUAUAUUUAUGGCAUUCUCUUCGCUAGCUUCUCUCUCGACGUUAUUACGCUUCUUCUGUCUUUUUCUAACGAGGAUAUAAACGAUGGCAGAGUAGUAAAUAUCGUGUGUAUAAAAGAACAAAUGAUUUGUAUAUAAGUUUGUAUAUAUCCAAGUAAUUUGUAAUUUUCAGAACACACCGAUCGAGAUAUUUGAGUAACAAUAAGUUUUAUACUCGCGACGUAGGUACGCAACUAGUUUUUCCUUCCCAUAUAUUCUAUUCCGAGAUACAAUAUAUUGCCGUUCUUUUUUCCCCCUCUUUUUUUUCUUUAAAUCGCAUGUCGAGCAUAAUUCAUGACGUUUAGGCGAAAUUACAUGCUUACACGAAUGCAGUUCGAGGCAGCAAUUUUAAUACUUAUAAUUUCAUCACGUUUUGUUUUCGUCCAAUCACCAACCGGAUCAUUUCACGUUAGAUCGCAUGCAAGUAAUACGACCCCCACUUUUCUCCCACCAGAAAAUAAGUUUUUCUCGACGCAGUUAUACGUUGAUUAAUAUAUUGUUUUGAAAAUAAACGUUUAUUACUUAUAUAA